CUUAUCACUUCCAGUGUCUCAAAGGCCCAAAAUUCACGCUGCCAAAGAUGGCGAGUGGCACUGGGACGGUUGCGUCGCUAUGGACCGAAGUGAAUCGAUGUGGUCAAAACGGCGACUUUACAAGAGCCCUCAAAGCUGUCAACAAAAUACUUAACGAAGUGAAAGAUGACGUGACAGCCCUGCAUUGUAAAAUAGUUUGCCUCAUUCAGAAUGGCGGUUUCAAGGAAGCCUUGAAUGUCAUAAACACUCACACUAAGACUCUCCCCAGUGAUGCAAUAGUAUUUGAAAAGGCAUACUGUGAGUAUCGCCUGAACAGAGUAGAGAGUGCCUUGAAAACCAUCGAGAGUGCUGCAGAACAGUCCAACAAGCUGAAAGAACUCUACGGCCAAGUGCUGUACCGUUUGGAGCGCUACGAUGAAUGCCAAGAGGUGUACAAUGAUCUAAUCAGGAACUCGGUGGACGAGUAUGAGGAGGAGAGGAAGACCAACCUCUCUGCUGUGGUGGCAGCACAGAGCACCUGGGAGAAAGUUGCUCCGGAAGACUUGGGCUUGCCCGAAUCCACAUAUGAGCUGUGCUACAAUGCUGCCUGCACCCUGAUUGGCCAAGGCCAGCUCACAGAAGCCAUAAACAAGCUCCGUCAAGCUGAGGAUCUUUGUCGGGGGUCUCUAGCUGAGGACUCAGACGUGACUGAGGAAGAGAUUGAGUCAGAGUUGGCCAUCAUCCACUCCCAGAUGGCCUAUAUCAUGCAGCUACAGGGCAGGACCGAGGAUGCUCUCCAACUCUACAACCAAGUUAUCAAACUGAAGCCAUCUGAUGUGGGACUCUUGGCUGUGACUGCCAACAAUAUUAUCACCAUUAACAAGGACCAAAACGUGUUUGACUCCAAGAAGAAGGUGAAAUUGACGAAUGCCGACGGUGUGGAGUACAAGCUGGCCAGGAAGCAGCUACAGGCUAUCGACUUCAACAAAGCUCUCUUGGCCAUGUACACCAAUCAGGCUGAUCAGUGCCGGAAGUUGUCAUCCAGCUUGCAGUCCCAGAAUCCGGGCCAUCCCAGACCGGUUCUAAUUCAGGUGGCCCAGCUGUGCCGAGAGAAGCAGCACUCGAAGGCCACAGAGCUGCUGCAGCGAUUUUCGGACCAGCACCCUGAGAGUGCUUCUGGCAUUAAAUUGACCAUGGCACAACUGUUCUUGACUCAAGGUCACGUUACAAAAGCCUGUGACAUCUUGAGGUCUAUAGAAGAAUUUAAGCACAAGCCAGGAAUGGUCUCUGCCCUGGUCACGAUGUACUCUCAUGAAGAGGAUAUUGACAGUGCUAUUGAUAUUUUCAGCCAAUCCAUUCAGUAUUACCAAUCAGAACAGCCUGGACAGGCUUCCCAUCUGUCCCUGGUCAGAGAGGCUGCGAACUUCAAGCUGAAGUACGGCCGUAAGAAGGAGGCCAUCAGCGAUCUGGAGCAACUGUGGAAGCAAAACACCAAUGACGUCCACACGUUGGCACAACUGAUCUCUGCAUACUCUUUAGUGGAUCAGGACAAGGCGAAGUCCCUAAGCAAACACCUGCCCUCUCCAGACACCAUGUCCUUCAACGUGGAUGUGGACGCGCUGGAGAACUCCCAUGGAGCCACGUACGUCAGGAAGAAGGCAGCCAAGGUGGUGGGGGAGAACCUGCCCAAAGAGCAAGGUCAAGGGGAUUUGAAAAAGAAGAGGAAGAAAAAGAAGGGUAAAUUGCCCAAAAACUGCGACCCCAAGGCCACCCCUGACCCCGAGCGGUGGCUGCCCAUGAGGGAGCGAUCUUACUACCGCGGCAGGAAGAAGGGCAAGAAGAAGGAGCAGGUCGGAAAGGGAACACAGGGCGCCACAUCUGGAGCCUCUGCCGAACUGGAUGCCAGCAAAACAGCCAGCAGUCCCCCCACGUCCCCAAGGCCAGGCUCAAGCUCGGCUCCAAGCGCGCCCGCCAGCAACAUGGUUCCCCCACGACAGCAGAAGCCUGCCCCAUCCACCCGCAAGAAGCAGCCGCAGAAGAAGAAAAAAGGAGGAAAGGGUGGAUGGUAGAGGAGAAAGACGGAGGGGUAGAGGAUCUUGGAGCUUACAUUAGCCAUGAUGGACCCUGGAAACUCAUCUUGACUGACUUUUUUUGUUAUUUCUUUUUUUUUUUUUUUUUUAAACCAUCCAUGCUGCGUUGUUUUAUUGGUUCUUAUACAAGUUGAUGUGCACAUAGUGUGUAAUAGGCCCAGCUAUCUCAGUUGAAAUUUUAUCAUUGGAUAGAAAAACCUGUUUGUCAUUUGCAUUGACGGGCUUUGUCAAGAUAUCUGUCAACUGCAUACUGAUCAUGAAUGGGAUAUAAAUGAUUUAUCUUUGUUCCUGUUUAUCUUCCACUAAAACUGAUUUGCAGGAGAAAAACUGUCAGACCAUCAUAUUUGUUUCAUUGCUUGACUGCCUGUAAAUCUAAACAUUACUGUAAGGUAUUGUCAACCAAAAAACAAGAAUUCAGGCUGUUAAUGCAAACGUCAAGAGUAUAUUUAUUUUUAAACCCCCAGGUAGAGCUCAGCUUAAAUAUAAUUUCUGAACAAUUUAUUCAGUAGAUGAACUUUUUCCAUUUUGUAAUAGGAACCACAGAAAGCUACAAAAUGGACCAGUGUCUUAAUAAAGUUGGUUCCUUUAUUGCA